AUGGCGGAAAUCUCAGAAGCUCCUUCAACUUCAACCUCGGAUCCGGACUUCGACCAGGAGACCAUGCGAAAAUCCAAACCUGGAUUGAAACGCCUCACUCUAUCCCUCGCUGUUCUCUUCUCUUUUCUCUUAGGUCUUCCAUUCUUGCUGAAAUCAAUAGAGAUUUACAGAUCGCCACUCCCAUUUCGCGAAAUUGAUGAUUUAUCCACCGCCAUUGAAUCUAGUCCAAUUCUCUUUCCUUGCCAUUUCAGAGUAGUAUUUGUCAAUUUUGACCCAAAUUCCUAUACGGCUGAUCAAUUAUCGAUUUCGAUUCAAGCCCACGUUGCGAGAUUUGCCGCAAAAAAUUCCCCGGCUUGCGGAACUUGUGCUAGUAAUUUCACUGUCUCCGUAACCCUAGACUCUAACUCCGACUGCAUUAGCAAUGGGAAUAAUGUGGAUUGGAAAUGUGGGGCAUUGAAUGAAUUCAAAUUUGCAGAGAAACAUGAAGAUGGGCUAUUGGACGAGUAUUUGGCAUCUGUGUGUAAUAAUAAUAGUGAUGGGAAGGUUUAUACCGUGGUAGUGGUGAAAUCAGAACAGGAGGAAUUGAGGGCAGUGGUGGGGAAGUAUCGCCAUGCGUGGAUUAUGGGUAGGAUUUUUGAGGAGGAGGCUGUAGAGAAGAUAGCGGAAAUUUUUGUUAAAGUAUUUGUGAAUGGUGGGAAAGAGGAAGGAUCGAUUCGUGGGGAGUUUAUGCCGGUAGGGGCGGAUGGAAGAAUUGUUCUUUCAUUCAAUUUGUUGAAUGCUGAUCCGCAUAAUUGGAUAUAUGAUUGGGAUUUCCAAGAGAUAGAUGUGAAUCUCUUGUCUCCUAUUAUCGAGGCACUGAAACCGCUGGCAGAUGUUAGUGUGGAGAGUCAGGUUUUAUAUCACACUCCAAAGUCCUCAUUUUCUUUUUGGGAUGACAAGCUGGACAGCUAUAUUUUCAGUACCAAAGAUCUUCCUUUCUUUGUGAAUUCAAAUGAGUGGCAUUUGGAUACUUCAGUUGCAGCAGGCGGGCGAUCAAAAAUUUUGCAGUUUGUUGUGUAUGUACCAUCUGCAAAAGAGUGCCCUCUUCAGUUGCAGCUUCCAAAUGGAGAGAUUUCCCCAACAAAUGGCUUUAUAUCUCCAAUGUGGGGUGGAAUUGUCGUUUGGAAUCCUUCAGCCUGUUUGACGGAUUCAAAAAUCAAGCAUCCACUGAGACAUAAGAUUUCUUCUGAGGAUUCAAGGAAGGUUUUUGAAGUUUUCAUGGGGCAGUUGCGGCAACUCUUUGACUUGAAAUCUGAUGGUCUCUUUGUUGGUGCAUCAGGGACAUAUACACUUUUAGCUAGUGAAAGAGGAUUUUCAGAAUGGGAAUUGGAUGUGUUGUCACGGCAGCACUCAUGUUUUAAUCUUCUUCAAUGUGGCACAACUUUAGGAUCACUUUCUCGAUUGGUUCAAUCACUUCCAAGAAUGAUCAUUAUGGACGAUAUAGGAAAACAGGUGAAGUAUUCUCUUGAAGCUGCAAAAUUGACUUUAAGUAAUGCAUCGCUCGGAAUUUAUGAUGCUUCUGCUGAGUCCUCAAGACGAGCAAGAUUAUUGGCAGAGGAUGCAUUUUAUCACCCAUCUAUGAUGUCUGUCAGCUAUUACUCAUUUGAGCACUGUUUUGCCGUCUACUCGCCCUUCUUUCUGCCAGUUUCGCUGCAUGUGCUUCUUGCGGUCCUUAGAGAAUGGAAAAGAUACAAGCAAGAAAGCAAAAAAUAUUAUGCAUGGAAAGCCGUGUCGGAGACGAGUUAA